CCUGGGGGCCGGAGCCAGAGCGGGACUCUUCCUCGGUCGCACAUCCUCGCGCUCUCAACUCUUCGGUUCUGUCCGCUUCUGCCCAGACCGCUGCCGCCGCCAUGGCCCAAGCUGAUAUUGCACUGAUUGGACUGGCCGUCAUGGGCCAGAACUUGAUUUUGAACAUGAAUGACCACGGCUUCGUGGUUUGUGCUUUUAAUCGGACGGUUUCCAAAGUCGACGAUUUCUUGGCCAAUGAGGCAAAGGGAACCAAAGUGCUGGGCGCGCACUCCCUGGAGGAGAUGGUGUCCAUGCUGAAGAAGCCGCGGCGGGUCAUCCUGCUGGUGAAGGCCGGCAGCGCCGUCGAUGACUUCAUCGAAAAACUGGUACCAUUGUUGGACGCUGGUGACAUCAUCAUUGAUGGAGGAAAUUCUGAAUACAGGGAUACCACAAGACGAUGCCGAACCCUGAAGGCCAAGGGCAUCCUGUUUGUGGGCAGCGGAGUCAGUGGCGGCGAGGAAGGGGCCCGCUACGGCCCCUCCCUUAUGCCCGGAGGGGACAAAGAAGCCUGGCCCCACAUCAAGACAAUCUUCCAAGGCAUCGCUGCAAAAGUAGGAACCGGGGAGCCGUGCUGUGACUGGGUGGGGGAAGAAGGCGCGGGACACUUUGUGAAGAUGGUGCACAACGGGAUAGAGUACGGGGACAUGCAGCUCAUCUGCGAGGCCUACCACCUGAUGAAGGACGUGCUGGGCAUGGGGCACGACGAGAUGGCCAAGGCGUUUGAGGAGUGGAAUAAGACCGAGCUCGACUCGUUCCUGAUCGAAAUCACGGCCAAUAUCCUCAAAUUCCAAGACAGUGACGGCAAACACCUGCUGCCUAAGAUCAGGGACAGCGCCGGGCAGAAGGGCACGGGGAAGUGGACAGCCAUCUCCGCCCUGGAGUACGGCGUUCCUGUCACCCUCAUCGGCGAGGCAGUUUUUGCUCGAUGCUUAUCAUCUCUGAAGGACGAGAGGGUUCAGGCCAGCCAGAAGCUGAAGGGUCCCCAAAAGAUCCAGUUCGAAGGUGAUAAGAAAUCAUUCCUGGAGGACAUCCGGAAGGCCCUGUACGCUUCCAAGAUCAUCUCGUACGCGCAAGGCUUUAUGCUGCUCAGACAGGCCGCCACGGAGUUUGGCUGGACCCUCAACUAUGGUGGCAUCGCCCUGAUGUGGCGGGGGGGCUGCAUCAUCCGGAGCGUGUUCCUCGGAAAGAUAAAGGAUGCGUUUGAUCGGAACCCGCAGCUUCAGAAUCUGCUGCUGGAUGACUUUUUUAAGUCUGCUGUUGAAAAGUGCCAGGACUCCUGGCGGCGGACGGUGAGCACCGGCGUCCGGGCGGGCAUCCCCAUGCCCUGCUUCACCACCGCCCUCUCCUUCUACGACGGCUACAGACACGAGAUGCUGCCUGCCAACCUCAUCCAGGCCCAGCGGGACUACUUCGGGGCUCACACGUACGAACUGCUAGCCAGCCCCGGGCGGUUCAUCCACACCAACUGGACAGGCCACGGCGGCAGCGUGUCGUCCUCCUCCUACAACGCCUGACCACUGGUCGCCCGCACGGUUCCACAGACCGGGGCGCCCCACUCCACACGACUCCGCUCACGCAGCCCCCGCCCCACCUCUGCGCAGACCUUUUGUAAUCAAGUCUCGUCAGAGGCUCCUGAAAAGUCAGGGUCUUUGAGACCCGCCGUGCCCUCGGCCCCUGCCCCUCGGGCGACCCGGAGGCGACCAUGUGCGCCGUAGCGCGAGUCAGCUCCUCGCGUCCCCCGUGGCCGGAGGCAGCGGCAGUCUCCCGGUAGAGGCACAUGUAGAUGCGAAGGGUUUCUGCGGAACCUGCUCAAACUGGAACCUUCCUAUCACGUAGAAUUCCCGUUUUUCUCUACUUAAUAAAAGGUACAUUCUAUUGA